AAAAUUCAAACGCUUGCCCGCUAGGAAGCAUUGUGGUGUGUUUUUACCAAUAUCAACCCGCACUGGAUUUUACACAUUUCAGAAUACCGUGAGGGAAAAUAACACGUUUUAUGCCAAGAUGAGUGCGGCCAGCUCACCUGUCUCGCGGUUGCACCAAGGAUGGAUAUCGUCAUCCAUGAAGCACAAGGGCGUAUCGCCAGCAGCCUGUAGCACACCAUUACUUGCAGCCUUCCCCGGCAACGAUGAUGAGAAGGAGCGACGUCAGCGCCGACGCUCAAGAGUAAUUGACCUUCAAACUGCUUUGGAUUCCUCUUUGAAUGACUCUGCACAUCACAGUGCUGCGGGGACACCUGCCGCCGUGCCAAAGUUGUCCAAUGCUCAAAUCUCAGAACAUUACUCCACCUGCAUCAAACUUUCCACUGAGAAUAAAAUUACAACAAAAAAUGCCUUCGGUCUACAUCUUAUUGAUUACAUGGCUGACAUUCUUAAACAGAAAGAUUCGGAGCUCACUAACUUCAAGGUGGCAGCUGGGACACUGGAUGCCAGUACCAAGAUCUAUGCUGUGAGGGUGGAUGCAGUUCAUGCUGAUGCCUACAGAGUACUCGGUGGCCUUGGGGCUGAAACCAAAUCCGGAGAUGACAAUGGACUCAAAGAGGAUGAGCAAAAUGAAGAUGGUGAAGUAACAACCAAGCAGCCAAAGAAGAAAAGGCCCCCUAAGAAGACAGUGGAGCAGAAUCUGAGCAACUUAAAUAGUGCUGAGUCGGAGAGGAAGUGUGAGAUAGACCCCAUUUUUCAUCGCAUGGCAUCAUCCUUUGAUGAAAGUAGCACAGCUGGGGUCUUCCUGUCGGUUCUCUUCAGUGAAAACAAUCGCUGUGAGCUGCUCUUUCCAUCCCGCAUGACCCUUUUGCAGUCUACAUCCUCCUACUCUCCCCCACCUGCUAUGACGGUCCCUACAUCCCCAUUUAUGGCUGGACUGCAGCGGUCUCAGGAGAAAAGCGACAUCUGCCCCUCUCUGAAGGACUUCUCCUUCACAAGCUGGAACCCUGAGCAGACAAUGAACCAACAUUUGGAGAAAAUGAAGCAGGGUGAACACGUUUUCGACGUCAAUGCUGAGCCUGAACCAGAAGCUGAUGAAGAAGAUUGCCCUGAAUUUGAUGGAGACUACGAAGAGGAGCAGGGCGACUGUGAGGAGGGGCCGAAAGAACAUAAAGACGGUUGCGAGCCUUUCGUUUCUGGAAGAGGACGCGGUGUGAUACCAAUUGGAGAGGGAGAUAUCACCACUAUGUGUCUGCAGCUGUCCUCUCAGCCCAGGGAGUAUUCGUACUUCAGCCCAAGGACAAUGGCCGCAUGGGCCGGACCGGGCUACUGGCAGUUCAAGCCAAAACACAAGUUGGACCAUUUACCUGACAAGGAGAUACGAAAAAAGAAGCCCAAAAAGGCCUUUGAAAUAGACUUCAACACGGAUGUCAACUUUGAGACCUACUUCCGUACCACAAGAGCUGCCACCACUAUCACCAAGUCUGCCCUCAGUUCCAGCAACAAGAAAACAACUCUCCCAGCCGACUUGCAGUUUCAUCCAGAGGUUCUCUCCCAGCUCAACCUUAAACCGUCCAUGUCGUUAUGUCAAGAAGCACAGAAGAGGCUCUCGGGGGAGCUUGGAGAAGGCAUUGGAGAUUACGACUACAACAAUCCCAACGAUACAACCAACUUUUGCCCUGGUCUUCAGGCUGCUGACAGUGACGAUGAGAUGGAAGGGUUUCCCGACAGUGACGAUACCCAACCUUCAGGCGAGAAUUUUCCACCGCUCUCACAAGAAGGCGUCUCGACUUAUGGCGAUGGAGAUCUUGUGCCUGAACCGCAUAGAGUCAACAAGAUAGAAAUCAACUAUGCUAAGACGGCCAAGAAAAUGGACAUGAAACGACUCAAAAGCAGUAUGUGGACUCUUCUAACUGAUAGCCCAGAAAAUCCCACUAAGGAAGUGGAUGUUGCAGAGAAACCAGAGGUUUGUGGGGAAAAAGUCUUCAGCCAGACCACAAAGAUAUUGCUUCAGAGAUUACCCAAUACAAUGGCUCAGAACUUGUCAGUACCUUUGGCGUUUGUUGCUCUGCUCCAUCUUGCAAAUGAAAAGAAUUUGGAGCUGGAGAAGGUUGAUGACAUGUCAGACAUUAUCAUUAGGCAAGGCCAUUGAGGAGAAACGUAUUUGGAUAUAAAAGGUUUUAUGUUGAAUUGUUUUAUGCUUUUAUAUAACGCUUAAAGUGUAUAACUUGUGUUUUUCAGCAGCAAAUAUAUUUUGUUGGCUUCCAUAGAUUUCAGAGAAAUGUUACUAGUUUGGAUGAUGUGUGUUCUCUUCAGGAGAAAAUAAAUGGGUCACAGUAUUCAUUGAAUCAAGUUUCAUUAGUAUUGCGGUUGGCGGUUGUUAAUAGUCAUUAUGGUAAAGGCAGGCUAGCAUAGUAGUUCAUGCUUUGUAUAAAAUUUGCGUAAGAUCUUCAAGGCCACUUAGCUGCCACCAUGUUGCAAUCAAUUUGUGAAAACUAAAAAUCUUAACAUUCGAAUUCGGCCUGUAUCCUCAUCUCAAUCGAAUACUGUACUCGAGCUUGGAAGUUCAAGUUCCUGCAACUUAUUGAACGAAUAAACAAAGUUGUUUCCUUUUUCAAUCUGA